AUAUGAUUUGCCUUUCUGCCCCCACCAUUGCACGUCAUUUGGCAGUACCUGUCGUGUGAGCCGUGGUAAAAGCCAUUGUUGCAGCUCUCUGCCAGUGGGCAAUCACCAAGCUAUGACAUCAUCACCCCAACGCCCAUCUCUUGAUCCAGACAGCUUGAACCCUUAAAUCACGAGCCAGGAAAAAGAUCUUUUCUCUUCUCUAUUCAUUGCAAUUCUCGAAGCCAAGUAGUUUAAUCCGAUCACUCGUCAAGGAGAAAAUCCCGAUUUAGUGCAGCAUACAAACAGACCAUACCAAAACAACAAUGUCGGCCCUCACAUCACGAAGCGGCGCCCUCGCCCGGCGGCUGGCAACCACCACCACAACCGCUAGCAGAACUAGCACCAUCUCCCGCGCGGCCUUCACUACCACCGCGCCGCAGCACAAGUCCCCCGUCGACUCCGCCAAGGAGACCCUCAAGCAGGUCGACCGCAAGGUCUCCGACAAGCUAGUAGACGGCAUCAACAUUGGCUCGGCCGUCGCAAACAAGAUCAAGGAAGCCGCCCAAGAAGUGAAGACGGGCAAGGUCACGGGCAAAGCCGAGGAGCUGCGCGGCGAGGUGAAGGGCAAGGCGAGCGAGGUGGCCGGCGAGGCGAAAGGCAAGGCGAGCGAGAUGGCAGGCGAGGCGAAGGGAGUGAAGGACGAGAUGGCCGGCAAGGCGAAGGGGAUGAAGGAGGAGGUGAAGGGCCAGGCGAAGGAGGCUAUGGGCGAGGCUAAGCAGAAGAUGUCUUAAACAUGGAGUCGGGGAGAGACGAUCAGGAGGGGUGGAUGGAGAGUUGUAUGAUACGGAGUGAGUCGAGGAGUUCCGGGAAUGGUCUUCAUCGCGUCGGCAAAGGCAUAAUGGCAUUGUUGAUUCCUUGAUAGCGUGGGUUGAAGGGAAAUUUGAGUCGCACUGCCAGGUCAACCUAGCAUCGAGCGCCGGGAGUGAAAGU